AUGGCCACCAACAGCCAUAACCUUAACUGUGAGUUCCAUUGCGUUAAUGACAUCGACCCUGAAAGUGCUGUUCAUGCAACCGCUGCUGAGGCGCGCCCCUGGGUCACAGCUGGGUCCUUUUGCAGCGACAGCAUGGGAUACGAUGCCGUCCAAAUAUCCGUCGCGCGAGAUGUAGAUCACGUAAUACCGAGUGAAAUACCAAAUUAUCGAGCCGUUCCAAUACCAAUAAGGUCGGGAGCUUAUCCCAUAAUAGAACACGGCAGUGUUCCUUCCUCUUUCGUGGAACAGGGUAGUCUCCCCUUAUUUGGCCUCCCGGAGUUAGAUCCCAGCCCACUACACAGCACGUUGGAGCGGCGUGGGAACCAACUCCAUGGAAUUCCUCAUCGAGAUGCCGGUCCAGUUAUGGAUCCACCGAGAGCUGCUUGGAUCCCAAUACAAGAUCCGAACUCGCAAGAACAAAGUUCUGAUGUUUUGCACUUUGGUCCUAUUGAAAAAGGAGAGACGGCAAGCCAUGACCUUUAUGCCGGUCAUGUAAAAAGGGCUAUGAGUCAGACAGGCAAAGCAGAACUAAGUGGUGCUGUAAAUCAUGGCACUGAUUAUGUCAGGCCUUCGUUUUUCAAUCAGAACGAUGCAGUAAACCACGUUGGUUGUACAGACAAAAGGGAUGUAUCAGUGAGUACAGCAAGACGCCAUCCCCAAGCUCACCAGCACGGUGUGCAUGCAGUGUGCUCCAUCUCCCGCCGCGAAAUACUUGCAGAAAGACUUGCCCCAACCCAGCAAGGCGACCUGAUGUCCUCAGGAACCGCAGCAACCUCUCCACCGCGGGCUUUCACGUCCGAGGAUAAGAACACACCCGCUUUGUCCCCCGUCCUGAUCGUCGGCCACCACCUCCCCAGCGUGCCCAUCAUCGCCAUUGAGCCGUCGACUUCUCUGGGACGAUCGCCCCGCGUCUGGCACAGCGGUUCCUGCUUCUUCCUGCCGCCCACGGAGGAAAGGACACCUAUGUUAGGGAGCUUCGCAAGAGCUGAAAACGGGAAUUCAAACAACGCCGCGACAGCGACCCACGCUGACCAAAACGAAAUGUUACCCCCAAAUCGGCUAUUCAAAUUCUCGACGGAACAAAUAAUGAUCCUAAUCUCCAUGCUUCUGGUCGAUUUCUCAUCCUUCGCUUCCAUGUCCAUCAUGGCGCCCUUUUUCCCACAACAGGUGGACCAGCGUGGCCUCAGCCCGACCGUGGACGGCAUCAUCUUCAGCGUAUACGCCCUAGUCAUCGUGCUUGUUUCACCCACCAUAGGAAAGACUAUGAUAUGAACACGGUUAACGGGAUGCUGGAGACGGCUGUGGGCGUGGGCAUGUGCGUGGGCCCAGCCGUCGGCGUUUGGCUCUACUCGCUUGGGGGUUUCUGCCUCCCCUUCUACGGCCUGGGCAGCUUCAUCCUCCUGACUGUGCCGGUCAACAUGCUGACCUUCCCGAAGCGCGGGGACAUCUCGCCGGAGCUCAUACAGGGUACCGACGCAGAGCGAGCGCCGGUGAGUGAGGCCUUGGGCCUAACUUCGAUCUUGAAGCGCCCCGGGGCAGUGCUGCCGCUGGCCAUCUUGAGCGUGACGGCGGUGUGUCUGGCCGUGCUCUACCCUACGCUGCAGCCGCACAUGCAUGGCUUGGGGGUGUCGGUGGAGGGCGUCGGCCUGGUGUUCCUGCUCAUGUCCGCCGUGUACGCUGUGUCCUCCCCGCUGGUGGGCUUGGCCACGGACCGCUACAACUGCCCCUCGAGCUUCAUGCUGGCGGGGCUGCUGCUCCUGACGCUGGCGCUCAUUCUGAUCGGCAAUUCUCCUUUGCUGCCGAACGUGACCCAUGAUAUGCUGUAUAAACAAGAUGUUGUAGCCGUUGUGGUGAUCGGCCUCGCUUCUGCCAUGUCCAUUGUACCCACCUUCGCCUCCAUUCUUUACGUCCUCGGCGAGGAUGGCAUAGUGGGCGUCACAACUUUCUCACUGGUGGGCGGCAUGUGGUCUGCCUCGUACUCUCUUGGGGAAAUGUUGGGACCCCUCUACGCUGGCUUGAUGGCCGAGUACGUCAGCUUCGCCACCUCGACCACCGUGACUGCGCUUCUGCCCGCAAGUCUGGCCGUAGUGCAGGGUGUGUACAUGUGCAUGGAGUGCUACCGCUCCCAUGGCAGACCCAAGUCGACGCUCAACUGACCUCUGGAUCACGGCGAUCUUGCGGGACCCGCCGCCGGGGUCAUCCUUACCGUCUGUGUCUUUCAGCCUAGACUUUUACUCACGGUUGCCGCUGUCUGUCGCGCCGCAAGUUGAGCGAACGGCAGCAUCUGCGACCUUGAUGUUCGGGGCAGAGUGCGGGGCCAGCGAUGGAGGACAUUUAUUUUUUUCCCUUUUAUUGCAAGGCAGACAAAUGCUCAUUCAGUUUAACGUUUUAAUGUUAAGCUGUCGUUCCUAUUGUAUUCCUCAAUUUCAUACUGCACUGCACAUUUUCGAUUUAUAAUUCUAAUUACAAACUCUUGGUAUGUUCUCUGUUAUUUUAUGUAUGAAUUAGUAUUAUUUGAUGUAGCAGAUUUGUUUUAUCAGCAUUUUAGCAUUUUACUUUUUAUUUUCUACCAAUAUGUUCAGCCCCCAAAAGUAAGAUAAUACCAUAUUUAUUGACCACUCUGUGAUGAUAAAAACUGAAGGCAAA